AUGAGGAUGCUGGUGAUAGAGCUAUGGCUAGCCCAAGGUCCUGGUGGCUCCGUAAAGUUCUCCAUAAAUGAGCACAAUGCUAUCGAAACACGGAUGGAGCAACUAGCACAAAAGUUGGAGAAGUUGGAGUUGAAAGGGGUAAAGGAAGUUAAGGCAUUGCGAGCGGUAGAGGAGAUGUGUGCUAUAUGUGAAACAUCGGGCCAUUCCACCGACAAUUGCUUGUCUAUUCCCACUCUCAGGCAACAUUACAGUAACCUCAACCUUCCGCUCGAAGAAGUUAGUGCGGUAAACCAACGAUUUGAAUCUUUUCCCCAAAACUUCAACCAAAGUCAACGACAACAUCCGGGAUUCCGUUGGAACAAUCAGAUUGAAGGCAGACCAUCUCAAGCACCUCCCGGUUCUCAAAUGCAACCAUGGCGGCCUGCUCAAGGCCAAGGGCAGCCUCGUUUUCCACAAGGACCGCCAGGUUUCGCACCGUCCGGCCCGUUUCAAGGAUCUAACCAAUAUCAACCCCCGCCAAGGCGAUCUUUGGAGGAUACUCUCCAAUCCUUCAUGGAAGCUCAAUCGAAUUACAAUGAAAAUAACACCCAGAUGAUGGGGGAUUCUUCGGGACCUCUGCCUGAGCAAGCUCAAGCGAUCAUCACUUUGAGGAGUGGCAAGGCGGUUGACAAUCUAGUUGUCAAUCCGCCGGCUACACCUAUUCUCGAGCCAUCAUCGACAUCAACAGGUUCUACUUCAACGGAGGAACAUAUCGAGCAAGCUGUUGAGGAAGACGGGGAAUCUCCCGUGCAAGGUUCAAAGGAAGCUGAGCCCACUACAAGCCCACAGGACUCUCCCAUUCCGGCACCCUAUCCUUUCCGAUUGAAAAAACCGGUUUCUCCAUCCAAGGAAGCCGAUAUACUUAACGUGUUCAAAAAGGUCAAUGUGAACAUCCCGUUGAUGGAUGCUAUCAAGCAAAUUCCUUAUUAUGCUAAGUUCUUGAAAGAUCUAUGCACUCAGAAGCGCAAGCUCAAUGUGCACAAGAAGGUGCUUCUCACCGAGCAAGUUAGCCAAAUUUUCCAAACAGGUCUUGCACCUAAAUACAAAGACCCCGGAUGUCCUACAAUUGCAAUUACUAUUGGGGGUAAGAGAGUGGAGCAAGCUCUUUUGGAUUUGGGAGCGAGUGUGAAUUUGCUACCGUACUCGGUAUACCAAGAACUCGGGCUGGGGGGGAUGAAACCUACGCGAGUUACUCUACAAUUGGCGGAUAGGAGUGUCCGAAUUCCUCGUGGUAUGGUGGAAGAUGUACUGGUCCAAGUUGAUCAAUUUGUAUACCCUGUAGACUUUGUUGUCUUGGAUACUUGUCCGUCGUCUUCAUCACCAUUGUCUACUCCUGUUAUCCUUGGUCGGCCGUUUCUAGCAACCUCGGAUGUCGUAAUCAACUGUCGGAAUGGACUAUUGAACAUGUCUUUUGGUAACAUGAAGAUGGAGGUUAAUAUGUUCCACGUUGGAGUUCAAAUGGGUGACGAUGACGAUUGUCAAAAUGUCCAUCUUAUGGAUACAUUGGUUCAAGAGCAUGUAGGUGAAUUCUUGUAUACGGACUCUUUGGAGGUAGCUCUGACCUUUGAAGAGGCCGCCUUUCUUGAAUCCGAGGAGAUGGAGUCUCUCUUUUCCUUGCUCAAUGGAGAAGAUGGCGAUGAGGGAAUUUGCGGAGUUGCACCGUGGCUUCCAAAGUUUGAAGAGUUGCCUCCUCUUGAGCGUAAAACAGUACCUCUAGCGUCGAACCGCCUAAACUUGAGUUGA